GGCAGAACUGGUACUACUGGUGAAUAUGUUCUCCUUAAUCGAAUAUAAGUGAAGUGGUGCCGCGAGUGUUCGACAUUCAAAAAAUUUUAAAUUUCGUACAUUUAUUAUAACGGAACGUGAAAGAGCUUCGAAUAGAAGAAUGUCGGGUGAUGUACAACCAAGAAAACGAAAGGAUAGGAGACGCAAAAAAGAAGAGGAAGAGUCUGGUACACCUCCACCAACGUUGAUAAGUCCAUCGGAGAGUGUGACAGACAACGUUACUUUACAUAUUUACAAGGAAACUAGUACGGGUGGCCAUUGGUGCGCACGUAUUAUAUUUUUCAUAUUACUGGCCGUACUCGUCGCUUUAACUGGGAUAAUUAUUUUCGAGCAUAGAGGAACUACAGAUGUGGAUACACCAAUAGGAGAAUCACGAUGGGCUAAUAUAUUUGAUGGAUGGGUAGAUGAUACUCUUCCAAGUCAUGGAGAUGAAUCUUAUGAUGAAAAAGAUGUAAAAGCUAGUGAGGAAGAAGAAGAAGAAGAAGAAGAAGAGAAGGAAGGCGAAGAAGAGGAAGAGGAAGAGGAAGGAGAAGAGGAAGGAGAAGAAACGGAGGAAGAAGAAGAAGAAGAAACAGAAGAAGGAGAAGAAGAAACAGAGGAAGAAGAAACGGCUGAUGUAACGAUAAAAUCAGCUAAAGAUAAAACGGAAGAAGAAGAAGAAGAUGAUGAUGAAGAAGAGAAUGUUAAGGAAGAUGAGAACGAAGAUAAAGAUGAAGGUCUAGGUAGUGAAGAAGAAUAUGAAGAAGUAGAUGAACAUGACCGUAAAGAAGAUGAAGAGGAAAAAGAAGAAGGAGGAGAAAAAGAAGAUGAUGAUAAUGAUGAUGAUGAUGAUGAUGAUGAUAGUGGUGUUAAAGGAAUUACAAUUUCAGACGAAGAAGAUGAGGGUAUCGAUCCUGGAGAAUCUAAUAUGGAAGAUGACGACGAUUUAAAUCGGCAGAGCUUAGACGACACCGAUGUGUUAGAAGAAAUGGACAAUAAAAGUGGUGAAGACGAUGAUGAUGAGGUUGAGAGAAAUAUUUUGAAAAAGAAUGAUUAUUACGUUACCAAAGAAGCUCCUGAAGAAGCUUCCGAGGAACAAGAGGAUCAGGCAUCCGAAGAAUUUGUUACGAUACCAGGUGUCCUAGAAAUGGUGGAUGAUUACAGUGCUGAGCCUUUGGAAGAGGUAGAGGAUGGAGAACCUGAAGAAGAUGUGAAUGAUAUAGACAUUGAGCCAGAAGUGGAAGAAAUAGAAGAAGAAUCAACGAGUGUGGCAGUGAAGUUUGGAGUUGGUGUUGCACUUAUCAUUGCUGCACAUUUUGUUCUCAUUAGGCGAUGGAACAACGCUGACGCCGAGUUAAAUCAACUUUCGCAUAACGACGAAGUGAUUAAUCUAAAUAGGCGGAAUACAAUAAUAGUUCCAGCAUCUGUGAAGGAAGCAGAAACAUUGCAAAUUGAAGAACAAAAUCGAAUGCUAACCACGAAGAAAAAACAGGCUUAUGAAACUUUACGAACGAAAUAUGAAAAAUUAGAAACUGAAGAUAAUAAACCCGAAAAUGUUACUGUAGAAAAAACUUUGAGCCCGUCAGAAGAAACAUGGUCCAAGCUUAAGACGCAAGGAGUUGAGAAAAUUAAUGAGAAGCCAUCGAAAGUGAUAUCAUCCGAAGAAGAAACGGAAGAUGUGGAAGAUGAAUUGGAGACAUCAGAUGGAGAACGUAUUUCCGGUACAGAAGAAGAUGAAGACGAAAGAGAAGAAGAUGAGGUGGAAGAUGAAGAGGAUAUUGAAGAAGAAAUAGAAGACGUUGAUGAUUCGGAAUUAGUUGCUAGAUUAGAGGCAAGAUAUGGUAAAUUGGCAACUCCGCAAGAUAGCGAGAUCGAGGAUGAAUUAGAGUAUGAAGAAGAGGAAGAAGAAGUUGAAGAUGAUGAAGAAGAAGAAGAAGAAGAAAUAGAAGACGAGGAUGUAGCAGGAUGGAAACGUAUAAAAGCACCUAAAGAGACAACAGGAUCGUCUAAACCUGUACCUUCGGCUACAGAUAAAUCUGUGAUUAGCCCUAAACAAGGAGUUUCUACAACAAAGGGUGGUAAAGCAAUAAACGAUUUUCGAAAUAUGUCAACCAUGGACGAUUUGGUGAUAUACGAAGAAAAAGAAAUACCUCUGGAAAUUGAUGACUAAAUUUCACCCUCAUAAUCCUUAACAUUAUCCACUAUUUCCAUCGAUCAUUUCAUAUGUUUUAAUUUUGUCAACACAAUAUACAACUUGGAUGUUUUUUUUUUUUUUUUUUUUUUUUUUUUUUUUUUUUUUUUAUAUAUAAUUGUUCUGUAAAUAUUUCUGUGUAAACUCAUAUUAAUUGAUUUGCAAUUAAAAGCAAUAGCUUCGGGUUUAGUAUUAGUCAAUAAUUGUUGACAUUUUUUCAUCUUCUAAACGUGUUACUUGAAGCAGUAAUAUCAUAAAGAAAAAAAAAAAGAGAGAAAAAAAAGAAAGAAGCUAUAGACAUACCAAUUAAUAUAUUAUUAUUCAAAAAUAUAUGUGAAAAUCUAUCGUGAUUAUAUGAUUUCUUGUAUUUACAUGACAAUAUUAUAAAAAUCUUUCAUAGUGAUCUGUCCUAAUCACCCAUUCCAAUUUUCUUCCUAAUAUUAGAAGAUGAGAGAAGAAUAACUUACCAGAAAAGAAUUGAUAAUACAAUAAUCAAAAACAGCAAGAUGAAAGCAGUAGGGAUAUGAUGAAAGUAAAAUGUGUAUUUUCAUGAAGAUCUUAA